AUGACAUACAAUAAUACUAAUAAAAUAUUUGAAGAAUUCGAAAAAUACGACUUUAACAAUGACGCGAAUUUUCAGUCGGGAUUAUCGUCGAUUCUCGACAAUAGUAAGUCGGAAGAAGAAGUGGAAAGGCUCAUAAAAAGAGCAAAAUGGUUUUAUUUUUCAAGGGUCUUUCAAAAAUUCGAUUAUGACGAAUACCUUGCGUGGCAAUCGAGCAAUUCGUCAAUAUCUUUAUCGACACCAGAAGAAAAAUCGAGUUCAAAACUUGUUCCGACAACAUCAGACUCAGAAUCAAUAACAGUUACUAGUAGCGAUAACAGCGAACAACAUAAUAAUAUAAGCGAAACUCCACAAUAUCCGAGAUCCUUUAUGCAGUUGGCCGAAAUGAUUUCUAAUAACCAACCAAUACCAGGAAUCAAGACAAUUCCUGAUGAAAUUAACAAAGGCACACCAUCUAAUUCCGCACUGAAACCAAGACCAAAGCCUUGGGAAAAAAUUCCUUCCUCAUCGUAA